AUGAGCUCCAUAGGAACAGGCGUAGUUGCCACAUAUUCACCUGAUGGGCGUGUAUUUCAAGUUGAAUAUGCAGCAAAAGCUGUAGACAACAGCGGAACCGCGAUUGGCUUACGUGUUAAGAAUGGAGUAGUUUUAGCAGUGGAAAAAUUAAAUCAAUCAAAAUUACUAGUUCCGGGAUCAAAUCGUCGAAUUCAAACUGUUGAUACUCAUAUUGGAGUAGCAACAGCAGGAUUGUUAGCUGAUGGAAGACACAUUAUUAAUAGAGCAAGGGAUGAAGCAGAAGGUUAUCGAGACACAUAUAAAACACAAAUUCCUGGAAAAACAAUAGCUGAUCGAGUAGGACAAUAUGUACAAGCAUAUACAUUAUAUUCGAGUGUUCGACCAUUUGGAAGUAGUGCUAUUAUUGGAACUUUUGAUAAAGAUGGUCCUCAACUUUACAUGGUUGAACCUUCAGGUGUAUACUGGGGAUAUUAUGGAUGUGCUAUUGGUAAAGGAAAACAAGUUGCCAAAACAGAACUUGAAAAGCUUGUUCUUUCAGAAAUGGAUGUUUUGGAAGCUGUAAAGGAAGCAGCCAGAAUUAUUUAUACAGUUCAUGAUGAAGCAAAAGAUAAAGAUUUUGAAUUGGAAUUGAGCUGGAUCACAGAAGAUGAUCAAAAACAUCGACUUGUACCCAAAGAUAUUUUUAUUGAAGCUGAAAGAUUGGCAAAGGAAUCACUUAAUCAAGAAGAAAUGGAUGAAUAA